ACGCAAAUUAAACUAACGGUAGUUGUAAACUGAUAAACAGCUUAUUUCUUUGAUACACCUUUAAAAACCUUAAAAUUCUUCAAAUUCGAUAAAGAAAAAAAAGAAUCAAAACGACGUAAUUAUUAAUGGAGUCAGUAAUAGCAGAGUUAGAAGGAACACUUGUGAAGAAUCCGGACCCGUUUUCAUAUUUCAUGCUUAUAGCAUUUGAGGCUUCGGGUCUUAUUCGGUUUGCUAUACUUUUAUUUUUAUGGCCGGUUAUCCGAUUCCUUGACUUGUUCGGUUUGGAGGAAUUCGGGUUUAAAUUAACCACUUUUGUCGCGGUUGUGGGUCUACGGAUAUCCGAUAUUGAAUCCGUGGCCCGGGCGGUUUUGCCUAAGUUUUAUAUGGAUGAUGUUGAUGUAGAAGCUUGGAGGGUGUUUAGUCAAUAUGGUAAGAAAGUUGUGGUGACUAAAACUCCUAGGGUUAUGGUGGAGCGGUUUAUUAAGGAGCAUUUGAAGGCUGAUGAGGUUAUUGGGAGUGAAUUGGUUGUUAAUCGGUUUGGGUUUGCCAUGGGUUUGGUUCGAGAUGUUGGGUCGGUUUCAGAUCGGGCUAUUAAGUUGUUCGGGGAUGAGAAACCUUCAUUAGGGUUAGGAAGGUGUGGAAAUGAUGAUUCUAGCAAAUUUAUGUCCCUUUGUAAGGAACAAGACCAUGCACCAUUCACCAAGACAAAGAUGCUUCGGAACAACCACCGUGACCUAAACAGUCCAUUGCCAGUGAUCUUCCACGACGGUCGAUUAGUAAAGCGGCCAACGCCUUUCACCGCCCUAACAAUCCUCCUAUGGAUCCCUAUUGGUGUAGUUCUAGCCAUAAUUCGAAUGUUAAUCGGUAUAGUCCUACCAAUAUGGAUGGUGCCCUACAUGACCGCCUUUUUCGGUGGUAGCGUACGAGUCAAGGGCAAGCCACCGUCUCCACCAUCGGGCGCCACCACUGGUGGCGUCCUCUUCGUAUGUACCCAUCGAACCCUAAUGGACCCCGUUAUCCUUUCUUACGUCUUAGGACGAAAAAUUCCCGCUGUCACAUAUUCUAUUUCUAGAGUAUCUGAAAUACUUUCGCCAAUCCCAACAAUUCGACUAACCCGUAUUCGUCACGUGGAUGCGGAAAGAAUUAAAAAGGAGUUAGAAAAAGGGGACUUAGUGGUGUGUCCCGAGGGAACAACUUGUAGAGAACCCUUUUUAUUAAGGUUUAGUGCACUAUUUGCUGAGUUGACAGAUAAAAUUGUACCCGUGGCUAUGAAUUAUAGGGUCGGGUUCUUUCAUGCAACCACGGCCCGUGGGUGGAAGGGUUUGGAUCCAUUUUUCUUUUUUAUGAACCCUAGACCCGUUUAUGAGGUUACUUUUUUAAAUCAGUUACCGGCUGAGGCUACUUGCUCAGCUGGUAAAAGUCCUCACGACGUUGCAAAUUACGUGCAACGUUUGUUGGCGGCUACAUUAGGAUUUGAAUGUACCAAUUUUACGAGAAAAGAUAAGUACAGAUUGUUAGCCGGAAAUGAUGGAAUAGUGUCGUCUCGUGCUAAGAAUCCAUGGCUUGGUAGCAUGGAGAAGGUGGUGAGCACUUUCAAACCUUUCAUUCACUUAUAAAAUUCACUUAAACAUUUUUUUUUUGCUAAUUUUCAAUGAAUUGUUGCCCCAACUUUAGUUGGUGAUCUUGAAUAAUUCAUUAAGGGUAGGAUCAUAUAUUUUGUAAACACAAAUGGGGCUUGUAAGAUUUUUACCUUUUCUAAGAAUUUUUCUUUUGUAAUUGUUUUAUUUUUAGAUUUUCCCCUCCUUUUGAUUGAUGCGAAUGUAAAAUAAAGUGUAUUCUAAUGUAAAAAUGUUGAAUUCAUAUUUAAAUGUUAAUUAGUAUUAAAUGA